AAUGAAUAGAUUCUGUGAUUAUAAAUCUUGUUAAUACUUCAAUAAAUAACCUUCAAUAGAAUAAAGAUCUAAAUUGAAUAAAGUGAUGUGUCCAUUAUGUAUGAAUGCCAACUAUUGCAGUAAUAGAUGUAGAGAUUUAGAUUGGUAAAUUAUAUAAUAUAAUAAAUAAGGCCAAUAUAUCAUAAAGAGAUAUGUAAAAAAUCUCAGCCAGAUAGAGCAAGAUCAUGUAAUGAUACAAUAGAUUCAUGUUCAACAACUAGUGUGAGAAGAAAAGCAGAAGAAUUUGAAAUAAUCUCGAUAGGAAGUAAAUUAGAAUUAGGUAGAGGAUCGUAUGGAUCAGUUAAAUUAGUUAAGGAUAAAUAAAAUGGAUUAUUGUAUGCUAUGAAAAUUGUAUUAUUUAUAUAUAGAUAUAUUUGUAGAUGAAUAAAAGAUAAGUUUUUGAAUAUUGUUCAGUAGAAAACUUAAAAAGAGAAAUUAAAAUACAAAGAAGAUUAGUACAUCCACAUAUAUGCAAAUUACAUCAUUAUUUUGAAGAUAAAGAAAAUGUUUAUUUAAUACUUGAAUAUGCAUGUAUAAUUACUUUUAUUCAAUAGAAAAUGGAUCAUUGUUUAAUUAUAUUAAAAAACGAUCUAAAUUACCUGAAAAUGAAGCUUUUGUUUAUUUUUUUUAAACUUGUUUAGGAAUUGAUUAUUUACAUAAAAAUAAGAUAAUUCAUAGAGAUCUUAAACCUGAAAAUCUACUUUUAGAUCAUGAAGGUAAUAUAAAGAUUUGUGAUUUUGGUUGGAGUGCUGAAAGUUUAACAGAAAAAAGAAUGACUUUUUGUGGUACUUAUGAAUAUAUGGUAUUAUAUAUAAUAAUUAUAAUUAAUAGGCACCUGAAAUGUUAAAUAAAUAACCACAUGAUUUUAGUUUAGAUGUAUGGAGUUUAGGAAUAUUAUUAUAUGAAUUAUUACAUGGAAAUGCACCAUAUAGAGGAAAGAAUAAUGAAGAAUUAGGAAAUAAAAUUAAAUCUGGAUAACCUAUCAAUUUUGCACUUACAUUAUCUAAUGAUGUUGUUUCUCUAAUUAAAUCUAUUUUAAAAUAUAUUCCAGGAGAACGAUUAACUAUGAAUUAAAUAUUUGAACAUCCUUGGAUGGUUAAACAUGCUUCUAAUUAUAAUAUUGAAAUUUAGACAUAUGUUUAUAAAACACAAAAUCCAACAAGACAAAUUCCAACUGCUAAUUUUUAAUCAAAAUAAAAAUCUAUUGAUAUUCAAAAAAAAGAACCAUUAUCAAGACCAAUAUCUUAAGAUUAAAAUAAACUAAAAGAAUAAUCUAAUAAUUAUAAACCAUAUUAAAAUGAUUAUAAAUAGGAGGAAUUUAAUAAACCAAGAAUAAGUAGAAUAUCUAAUAGAAAUGAAAUUAUGAUGCAUUAACAUUAAUUAUAAUAAUAAUAAUAAGAAGAAAAAUUAAGUUUUAUGGAUAGAGUAUUUCUAGCAUUCGGUUGUUUGAAUAGAGAAAAAAAAUGA